GGCUUGAAGGACUGGGCGCCCAGCAGAGACAUGAGACGAGACGAGAGGCCUCAAGAUGCUCGGUAAGGAUGGCGGCAACGCCGACGAGGUUUCUCGCACCAGCCCUGUGUGUAUCAUAGGGCAAGCUAGGGUGUUGUUGGCCCAAGUUUCUGGGAAUCAGGGCGCAGGGACUGGCGUGGCGAGCGUGUGGAUGGCCAUCUUGAAAACGCAGCAUCCUCUAUCUCAGCCCUAGGGGUGUCCUGUGGGUUCGUCAAGGCGAGCCAGUUGAGCAGCCCAUGUUUUGAGACGCGACCCAAGUGCGGGCCAAACAGUAUCCUGAU